CUGCAUAGAAUGCUUUUAUUGUGUUUAUAAACUCCAUCUACUUUCAAGUUGGCUCAUAUUCUCUUUCUCUUUUUUAUUUUUAUUUUUUUUUAUCAAUUCGUGACAUAAGAUUGGCAUUGUUAGUUAAUAUCUACUUUGUCAUGACCAACUUUUCUGACAUUGAUCAACAAACUGAUAUAUGUAGUUUACUGGAAAAUACAAGACAAUUCAAUAAUAAUGACAAUACAACGACAUUAAUAGCGACUAAUGACGACAAAACAACUCAAAAUAUGUAUAGACGAACUUCAUCAACCGAAGGAACAACAACAAAUAAUAAUAAUAUCAGUAUUCCUAAAAAGUAUCAGUUAUCAACCUCGUGUGUUAUAGUACUCCUGUCUAUUGUAUUGAUAUCUCUUGGCGCUCUUGCAACUAUGUUAGAUUCUUUUAUGUUUCACCAAAAGGAUACGAAUAGAUGUAGAGAAAGUUAUAUGCGACCUUUAUACUUGAAACAAGAUGGUUUUGACAGUGAAAUGACUCGAUUUGCUGGGAAAUAUGCCUUAUACUUGUACCGAGAAAAAGGUGUCGAUCUAUCUGAACAGCCCACAGGUAUUCCUGUUCUUUUUAUUCCUGGACAUGCUGGAAGUUAUAAACAAAUUCGAUCUAUUGCUGCUGAAUCUUCUUAUUAUUAUUAUCAAAAUUAUGCAAGAAAUAUUGAAACAUGGGAUCAAGGCAUGCGAAAUCUCGAUUUUUUUACUGUUGAUUUCAAUGAAGAAUUCUCUGCUUUACAUGGUCAAUCUCUUUUGGAACAAGCUGAAUAUCUUAAUGAUGCUAUUGAUUAUAUUCUUAAACUCUAUCCUCUCUCAAGAAAAUGGGGUCCUCAACAAAAUAAACAAUUACCUGAUCCAACGUCUGUCAUUAUUCUUGGUCAUUCUAUGGGUGGUACUGUAGCACGUACCAUGUUUACUCUUCACAAUUAUCAACCAGGCUCUAUCAAUACUGUCAUUACUUUAUCCACUCCUCACCUUUUACCACCUGCACCAUUCGAUUGGAAAAUAUCAAAGAUUUAUGAUGAUAUUCAUUCAUUUUGGAAAAGAGGUUAUGAAAUUCGUCAUGAUCAACGACAACAACAACAACAGCAACAACAACAACAUGAACAACAUACAACUAUAAGUUCUGUUUUGGAUGCAAAUGAUAUACUUAAGGAUGUCACCUUGAUAUCAAUCGCUGGAGGAAAUUUGGAUUCGAUGAUUUGCUCUGAUUCUGCCAAUGUUGGAACAUUUUUACCAUCAAAUCAUGGAUUCACUGUCUUUUCUACUGCUAUUCCAGGUGUAUGGACUGGUGCUGAUCAUAUUUCCAUCUUAUCAUGUAAUCAAUUGGUCAAGGUAGUGUCAAAAACUCUGUUAAAUAUUGUGGAUGCAAGAAGAGGAUCUCAAACCAAACCUUUUGAAGAACGUAUCAAAGUCAUGGAAAAGGCCUUUUUAUCGGGACUGGAAGAUCGAAGAGGUGAUGGAUCUGAUUUGGAUUUAGGAGAAAUCACAUUUCAUGAUUUGAAACCAAAUCAAAGUCGAUUUUUAUUACCAGGACAACGAUUGAUACUUGAUCAAAGUGACAAGGAUGGACAAAAAGGAAUGGUGUUUUUACCUGUGUAUGAAGGUGCAGAUGCUCUUGCUAUGCUGACGAGUUACCCAAUGGACAAACAGCUUGGACAUUUUGAUUUAUUGCUAUGCAACAAGUUAGAAACUCAUAUCAAGGGAACAACAAGAAUGGGCUGUCGAGCUGUCACUGAUAGUAUUGUAGUUCCUGUGCCUGCUUCUACAUCUCAAAAUAUCGAUUUGUCGUCUGGGAACACUUUUAUGUUUGCAAGUAUUACUUUUGAAGAAAUGCAAGGUUAUGAAUUUCUAUCUGUGGUAGAUCGUCGUGGUAAUGGCGAUUUUGGAAGUGGUGGAUUUCUUAUAGUGGAACCAUAUGAUUUUGAUACAAAUACUCGAGUGAUUGAAAAAUCCAUGACUGAUAUUGCGUUGAAUGGAAUUCAAAUAGACAUCAAUCCUGCACUAUUUUCGACUGUACGAAUUCCUGCUAUUGAAAGUUCCAUGCUUGCUUUCCAUAUGAAUAUCAACAAUCCUCAAUGCUCAUCUGUUCAUUUUUCGCCACUUUUACGACAAUCUAUCUCAUCCAUGCACGAAUCUAAAUUUUAUGUCAACAUUGCAGAUGGACAACAACAAAUAGAUAUGUCUGUGCACGGUCGUACUGCAUUCUCAACGGCCUCAACUCCCAUUCGAUUACAUCAUACUUAUCGACAUCAACAACAUCGGCAUCGUGAUACACCUAUAGAAGAUAAUGCCCGUGGUUUAGAUAUCAAUAUUUGGAUGGAUCCAUCAUGUAAUCAACCUAUUCAAUUGGAAAUGACAGUAGACUGGUAUGGAAGCUUUGGACGGAUUGGAUUUCGAAAUGGUAUCAUGCUUCCUACAUUUGCAUUCAUAGUUGUCAUGGUGGUUUGGGUCACUCAAAUUCGAUGUUACUU